UUUAUCAAAAGAAGCCCAAAAAAAUCAUAAUUUUCCACUUCUAUUAUCACAAACUGAUCAUUACUGCACCAUCCAUUCAUUUAUUUGGAUUUUGAAAGAUCAGUAAGAUGGGUGAUUCUGUAAGUCUUUCUUGCUUUGCAAGCAAAGUUUUUGACAAGGUUUUUGAUUCAGUUGUUACGUACCUUGUCAUAUAUCCAAUCACUGCUCUGUACUUGUGUAAGCAAAAUGUUAUGAAGCUGAAGGCUAAAUUGGGUGAGCUGGCCAUUAGGAAAAUGGACCUGCAGCACAGAGUUUAUGAAGCUCAGCAAAGGGGGGAGGAGAUUUUGGAGGAGGUAAGGCAGUGGAUGAGUGAAGUGGACAAGCACAUCAGUGGAAGCCGAGAGGAAUUAGAGAAAUUAGAAUGCAAAGCACGGAGGAAGCAUUGCUUUGGGCGGUGUUCUAAUCCGAAGUCUCUCUAUGAUCUAAGCAAGAAAGCAGAGGAGUAUGCCGGGGUUGCUGAUCAACUUAUGCAAGAGGCUGUCCAGUUCAACACUGGCAUGAUCAUAUCCUACUUUCAUGUUCAAAAACAAGAAAGUAUUAAACGAGGUAGGGGUGCACAGGAUGGUUUUGUUGAAUUUAAAUCAAGAAGCGAGGUGUUGAACAAGAUCAUGAAGGCACUACGAAGCCCAACUGUUAACAUAAUAGGGGUGCACGGGAUGCUUGGCAUGGGGAAGACAAUGCUUGUGAAGGAAGUUAAAAGAAAAGCUGAGGAAGAGAAGUUGUUUGAUGUUGUGCUUAUGGCUAAAGUGACAAGGAAUACUGAUUUGGCAAAAUUUCAGUAUCAAAUCGCACGUGGCUUGGGUAUGUUUAAUCUUCCUAAGGAACUCACACUUGAGCAAGUUGCUGAUCGAAUAAAUGAAGGGCUGAAAAAAAUGAAUGCACUUGUAAUUUUGGAUGAUGUUUGGGAGAAAAUAGAUUUGGAGGAUCUUGGAAUUCCUUCUGGAACCAAGCAGAAGCGUCCUGUAGCAGACCAACAGAAUAAGGAGAGCUCAUCAAGGGAAGAACAAAAGGAGUGUAAGGUUUUCAUUACAUCCAGAGAUCCUAAAGUUCUAUCAGAAAAGAUGGGUGUUAAAAAUGAUAACAUCUUCCCUGUUAACAAGUUGGAAGAUGAUGAGGCUAUGGAGUUGUUUAAGUUGAGAAUUGAAGAUGACAUUGAGAACUCUGAAUCCCGCUGGUCGAAUGCUAAUGAGAUUGUAAACAGAUGUUCCGGGCUGCCGCUUGCCAUUGAAAAAAUGGCAGUGGCUUUGAGAGGAAAGAAUGAUGAUGGUUGGAGUUAUCUACUGAAAGAAAUCAAGACCUCUAAGGGCGGGGGAUAUGCUGUUGUUUGUUCAGCUAUCGAGUUCAGUUUUAGUCAGUUGGAAAGCGAAGCACUAAAGGAAACUUUCUUGCUUUGCUGUCUACUGGGUCAUAAUACGUCCAUUGAAGACUUAAUGGAAUAUGGUACAGGCUUGAAACUGUUCCCAGAAGUCAACAAAAUAGAGGAUGCCCGAGAUGCAGCACGCACGUUGGUGGGUAAUCUCAAAGGCUCUUCUUUGUUACUUGAUGGUCCCAGCAAUGUGCAAUUCGACAUGCAAGAUGCUGUACGGGCUGCUGCUACAUCAAUUGCUUCUAGGGAUAGAGGCGUGUUAGCUUCCAAUGAUGAAGAUGCAGCAGAGGUGUGGCCAGACGAGGAGGCAAUGAAAAAACUCAAGUGGAUUUAUUUGUCAAAUGCUGAUAUUAGUCAACUUCUUCAAGAGUUGGAGUCGGUGCAAAACACAGAAGGAGGGUGUCAACAGGUACAAUGUCCUCAACUUACUUUCUUACAUUUGUCUAACAGGUAUCCUUUUUCAGAAACUACAGUCCCAGCAGAUUUUUUCAAGGGAAUGAAAAACCUCAGAGUCUUGAGUUUGACUAAAAUGCAUUUCUCACCGAUGCCUCAAUCAAUUUCCCUCCUAACAAACCUUCGAACGUUGCGUCUCAAUCAAAGUAAGUUGGGAGUAAUAGAAGGCAUGGGAGAGAUUAUAGGAAAGCUGAAGAACUUGCAUGUCCUCAACCUUGCUGGAUGUGAUAUUACUGAGCUGCCAAAGGAAUUUGCAUGCUUGACGAGGUUAAAGUUGCUAGAUAUGAGUGACUGCACCAGCCUCAGAGUAAUUUCACCGGAUGUCUUGUCCAAAUUGUCUAGGCUAGAGGAGAUAAAAAUGGCCAACAGCUUUGACCAGUGGCAGUUUAUCGAGCAGCACCAAAAUCAAAAUGGAAAUGCUAGCCUUGUUGAGUUGAAGUAUUUGCAGAAAUUGACUACUUUAGAGCUGGAACUGAAAGCAGGCAGUUCUUAUAGUUCAGUUAUAAAGUUAUUAAAAGUCUCUGAAGAACUGCAUUUAGAGGGAUUGCAUGGUGUUAAGAAUGUGGUUUAUCAGUUAGACAAUAAAGGUUUUCAGAAACUAAGAUAUCUCUAUGUCCGAAAUGCUCCAGAGAUUCAAUUUAUGAUUGACUCAGAGAGGUUGGUCUGUAGCAAUGCAUUUCCAGUCUUGGAGGAGUUGGUUCUUCAGAAUUUGACAAAAAUGGAGAAGAUAUGUCGUGAACUGGACGUGCUUGGAGCAACAUCUUUUAACAAAUUAAGAAUCUUAACCAUUGAAUGUUGUCAUCAGCUCAAGAAUUUGUUCUCCUUCUCUUUAGUGAAACAGCUUCUCCAACUCCAAGAAAUUAGUUUGGAAGACUGUGAGAACGUUGAAGAGAUUGUUGCUGAGGAGGCCCAAGUAACCGUCUGUGAGAUUGAGGAAGCAGCUACAAAAAUUGAGCUUGGCAAAGUACGGUCCAUGAGAUUAGAAAAACUGCCGAACUUUAUUAGUUUCUGCCGAGAAAAGAAUAGCAGCAUCACAGAUCAAGGAGGGAGUCGGUUAACAAGCUUUAGAUGCAUUCCACUUUUCAAUGAAAAGGUUGCGUUUCCAAUGCUUGAGGAGUUGCAGUUAACUGAUAUUAAGAUUGACAGGAUAUGGAACACUUUAGCAACACUUGAAUCUGUUCGGAACCUUACGAAAUUGAUCAUUGUGUCGUGUAGUGAUUUAAAAUAUCUGUUCUCAUCCUCUUUGGCUAAUGGUCUGGUGAAGCUUCUUCACCUUGAAGUAGUAGACUGCAAGAGUUUGAGAGAGAUUAUCGCCACGGCGACUGGUCCAGAAAAAGGUAAUAUAUAA